AUGUUUGUAUCGCCAUUGCCGCGAGAUUCGGACAUCCCUUCCGUCACAUCCACUGGGCAGGCGGGAUUUGCAACUAAUGCACCUGGGUCGCCGCAACGCGAAGCAGAACAUCGCCGAGGUUUCAAGAAGUACCCUGAAGGAAAGUUUAGUGAGAAGUCAGCAGUUGGAGAAAAUACAGAUAUCCAGUGGCACAGAGGUGUCAGCGUAUCUUCAGUUCAGCGACUGGGGUCAGUCGACCCCGAAAACAGUGACGUUAACCUGACGGCAAGUUUAGAGACAUUCAUUGCGGGCAUCCAAGGACAACAAAAAAAAGAUCAGCCAUCCAUAAUACCGCAUAUUUCCCAAGGUGAAAAACGAAGCGGGAUUGGAAAAGUCGGCAUAAACAGUACACGCAACCCGGACGGUAGCAUAGCGUUUGAGGCUCGUGAGCGACGCACUGGCAGUACAAUGGAAGAUCACGGGCGUUCUAGCUAUAUGCAUUCAGCACUUGGCUCUGUCUUCCCAGAGGCGUAUGCAAAUAGCUACGUUGUGGCGGGAGGAGGUGAAUCGUCAGCAAUGCCAGCUUCUAGCUCUUACCAAGUGGUGCUGUCGGACGGCACUUCCUACCCAUCCGCAGUCUUUCCUUCUGUCAGCGGACGGGACGCUGCAAGGAGCUCGUUUCCACAGCCAGCCACACCCCAGAACUAUUCCUCCCCCGCGCAUGUUGCCGCAGAUAUCCCAUCGUAUCCUUACACGGAAACAAUUCAUUAUGCGGAACCGGCAGCUACUGUGUCGCCAGUAACUGGCGGAACAACGAACUACUACACGUCAUACUACCGCCGUCAGUUCCCAGCUUCGCCAAUUGUGGCAGACUCUGCAAUGGUAGGCGACGAUGGCGUGCCUGCAGUGUCAUUGCCUCACGAGAAAUACCGUAUGAUUGACGCUACACGUGCAGCUUCGGAACAACAAAAAAGCCCGAGUGAUGACCAGAGUGAUCGUUCUACCAUCACGAGUUUAACUGAGCCAAUGUUGUUAGUCGACGGGGUCAUGGGCCUUCCGCUGAGGGGACAGGCUCCCUCAGACCGUGGAGCAGCUCUUCUGAGCAAUCCGCUUGCUCAUAGCAGGGACAGCAGACUGUUGACGGCAAAGAAGAAGAUGCUGCCGCGACCCAUGCAGCUUAUCCACGUGAAUCGAUGGGACGGCAAGGAAGUUCUAACUGUUGACGAGGGGGCUCGCCGGUGGUUGUCAGAGCUUUCGACGAGAUCUGUUGCCGUCAUCUCGAUAUGCGGGGAGCUUCAGACUGGAAAAUCAGGACUUGCAAAUCUUCUGCUGGACGACGACGUGAUGUCCAGUACUGUUGGCUUCGCUGUCGGAUCAUCUGCGGCAGCUCCGGCGAUGCAUAAAGGCUCACGCUUCGUGCAGCGAGCCGAAUCUGAAGGCAAGACAGAAGGAGUUUGGGUAUCUGCUGUGGAGGCUGAAGGCGACAAGGACAAUUUGGUGUACCUGGUCCUUGACUUUGAAGGAAUUGGGAGCAGGAGGAAGACUGUGGAGCACGAUCAACGCUUAUUUACCCUGGCCCUGCUUGUUUCUCACUUUCUGGUGUUCGUUACAAGAGGAGCUGUUGACAGCGACACUCUCUUCAGCCUGGCCUCAGCAUCGGCAUGGACGCAACGGUUAAGAAUGACCCAUGCAGGAGGCGUAGAUCGGCCAGACCAGAAGCCGCCAACUCCAUCUCAUGCUGGCCCAUCCGCAUCUCCCAGCCCAAAAGGGAAGGCGGAUGCAGCAUCUUUGACUUCGAAGCCUGGUAUGGACUUCAACAUGUCCAUGGUAGACGAACAGCAGAACCCUUUGACGGCUGGCGAUUAUCUUGAAGCCCUGCUGAGCCUUACCCUCAGUAGGGAUAACCAAAACCUCAGCAAGUUGGCUCUAGCUUUGGAGAAUCCUCAGAUUCGCAUGGCACGCCAGGAGGUCUCAGAUCUGUUCGAUGAUCGUGACUGCGUCGCUCUCCCUUCACCACUUGGCCAAUACGUACCCCAUCAGCAGCAGGCAUCCUCUGGCCAGACCCAGGCAAGGGCUCUGGAGGCUGUCAGCGUCUCUGAAUUUGUACCCCUUUACCAACGACGACUUGCGCAAUUGCGCUCCCGUGUUUUCCGCGAUUGCAAAGGAAGGGCUCUGGAUGGAACUGCACUUACUGGCAUUUCACUUACGAGAAUAUUGGAGAAGCUCGUUGAGGGAAUCAAUGCGGGAGAGGUUCCAGAGAGUGUCCGGCUCCUGGGCUCCAUUCAACAUGACGAGUGCAGACGUUGGAAGCAAGUAUGCGAGGACGCAUUCACUAAAGAGCUUAGGGAUACUUUCCAAUCAAAACUUCCUGUGGCGACAAAAGAAUUGCAAGAUGGAGCUGAACAAUUGCAGCGCAAGUAUUCUGAACACUUCAAGAUUCACGCAAUUGGUGACGACGAAAUCCUCCGUCACUAUAAAACGCAGUUGAAGGAGAAGCUUCGUCGAAUUACUGAGCGAGCGCUGGAGGAGAACGAAAGGCAUGCGGAGUGGAAGUGCAGGCAGAAGGCAAAGCUUCUUAGCGACAAGCUUGGCAUAGACCAGAAGAUAAGCGGGAAGUUGUACAUGGACCUACAGGCGCUCAAUGAUGACCUCGCUCUGCUACGCCAGGAGCAAGUCUCAAGAGUUUUGAGGAUUGAAUAA